AUGAAUGCUGAAUUUUAAGCCAUGUGUCCUGUGUGGAAACCUCUGCACAAUCCACCAACAUUGUCAUGGUACAGCAGCUUGUCAGAAGAUGCUCAGCGAAUUAUCGCCGUGUUGGAAAACAAGUACAGCAACACGAGGCAGAAUCAGUGCAGUGUGAAGACUGAAAAUCCUACAUCAGAUCCACAGAACUACUACAGAUCAAUUUAUGAAUACAGAUUUAAAGCUGAACUACCUUCAAGUUCUUCCUUAAGUAGACAUUCGAUUCCUGGCUGCAGCAGCACCACGUCUGACAGUGGAAUUGUUCAUCACACACAAACAGACAAUCAUUUUUCUCAUUCUUUUCGAAACACUGACUGUAAUAAUAACCCCAUAUCCCCAGCCAGUCUUUUCUGUCAGAGUCCUCAGCAGAGUACAUCACAAACUAGUCAUAGCAACAUGAAAAGUAGUUUCAGACAUGACAAACCUCAACAUCCCAAACAUUCUGACACUGAUGUAUCCAAAAGAGAGGUAUUGGAUGUUUUUAGUCACUCUCUUGACUCUCCAGAAUUUACCAAAUCUUUGACACUUAAUAACAGAAUUUUUUUUGAUUUUAGUGUUGGCUAUCCUGGUGAAAGUCCAACAAAAUUCAGCAAUUCUUUAAACACUGAGCCAAAAUUCAGCCAAACCACUUUGAGUGGUUGUCCUGGCAACAAGCAUUUCGAUCAAAACUCUCAGGAACAUGGUGUUGACUUUCGUUAUUUUGACAGAGAGCCAGAUUCAAGUACUUCUGCUUUCUUUAAAAUACCACCAGCUUCUAAACCAUGCUUAAGUAACUUCUCUCCUCAUCAUGGUUUAAAAAAUAAACGUAAAAAUAUAUCUGUACUUGGUAGGGAAAAAACUUGUCAAAUGAAAAUUACAGAUUGUUUAAAACAAAUCUGCAAACCGCAGACAUUUAUAAAUACUGCUAUAUCUUGUGAUGAAAAUAUGAAUUCAAGUUCUAUACAUCAGUUCAAAACACGAGAUCCAGACCCCAGAUCUAAAGUUGCAAAGAAACAACCAUUAGUUAAUUCUCUUUCUCAAGAACAUGAAGUUGAGAUAAAAAGCAGCAACUCAGUCUUAUGUGAGACUUUGAACUCUUUGGGUUACAGUGGCGAAGCCAGUUGGCACAAGAGAUCACUGUUAGAUGUGGAUUGUUCACUUCAAAGGGAUGUGAUUCAGAAAUUGCGCCAGGACCAUACAAGAAAUAAAGCAAAAAAAUUGGACACUUUUGACUCUACAUCUGAUGCAGCCUGUGGUGAAAUCUCAAUCAUGAUUGGCACAGGACACACUUUUGAAAUUGUUGAUAAUAAAGCAACAACACCAAGCUGUAAAAGAUCUAAUAAAACAUCAGAAGGCUUAUGUAAUGUGAAUGUAGAUAAAAAAUGUUCAAAGAAAAGACAGAGCACUUUUCAAGCUCCAUUCGUUCAGAAGAAAUCCAAAGAUAUGACGACAUCAAACAUGACAGCUGCUCAAGAAUCUAUGAGCGACACAGCUGUAAAGUUGACUGAUAUGUCCUCACUGUCUGAUGCAGAAUGGAAGAAUCUGACUUCACACAUUUUGAAUAGCCAUGAAAUCUGCAUAACCCUCGUGUAUUCUGACAAUUCUACUCUGCUGAACCUUUCUCAUUCAGGCGAAUCCACAAGAAAACAUGGAGGUGUGUCUAAGAAGGUGACACAUUUAGCAAUGAAGAUUACAUCUUCUGCUUCUUUAAGUGAUUGUAAAUUUGAACACAUUUUGCUGUUUCCGCUGGAGCAAGGUGAUCCAAGCUACCUACAAUGGUUCAGAUUACUUGUUAAAGAUUUGAUGUCAAAUCCAGUUCCAAGGAAAAUAGCAGUGAAUGCAAAGGACGUCUUUGUAGAGUUGCUCACAUUUCUCAAGGAAAAAGAUGCAGUAUCUUGGUAUGCUGAUGAUCCAGCAGUGGGUGCAUGGCUGCUGAAUUCAGAAAAAUCAGCACAGAGUUUGAGAGAUGUUUUAUUAAUUUUGGGCAUGGAUUGUCCUCAAUAUACUGAAUCUUCAAGUUGGAUUGACACUCUGAAUGCAGAGUUUACAGUGUUACACCAAGCAAUGGCAAGACUAGAGAAGAAACUGAAAUCUCACAACUUGUGGAAAUUGUUCUCUGAAGUGGAAUGUCCUUUGAUCUCGUUGCUAGCCACCAUGGAGAUUCAGCAGUUUAGAGUGGACACCAAAACAUUCAUAGUAUUUUCAGAUGUGCUCAAGAAGAAAUUGUCUAGAUUGGAGGAAAAAGCAUUCGGUGUUAUAGGUCAUAGCUUCUGCAUCAACAGCCAUCCUCAGCUUAGACAGGUUUUGUAUGAAGAACUUCAGUUAGACAAGAAGCUUCCAUUGAAAACGAAAAUAGCUAAAACCAGUAUUGCUCAGCAAAAAUCAACAUCAGAGGCAAUGCUGAAUCAACUUGUUGAUAUUCACCCUCUUCCUGCCAUAGUGCUGGAAUAUAGACAGCUUCAGAAGCUGAAGUCAACAUAUGUUGAUGGAAUGUUGGCCUGUGUUAAUGAUGGCUAUCUCAGAACACACUGGGACCAAACUGCUGCAGCCACUGGUCGUCUGACUUCAUACCAGCCGAAUAUCCAGGCAAUCCCUAAGACAUCAGUCACAGUCACCGACUAUGAGAUCAGCUAUAUUGCAGGUAAAAGCAAUGAUAAGAAGGUGGAGAUAUUUGCCAGAGAACCGUACAUCAGCCAUGAUGAACAUCUAUUGCUUGCUGCAGACUUCCAGCAGAUUGAGUUGCGACUGUUUGCACACCUGUCUGAUGACCAGACUUUACUUGACCUGUUCAAGAGAAAGACUCACGAAGAUAUCUUCAUUCAGCUCACAGCACAAUGGUUGAAAAAGCCAUCAUGUGAUGUGACGGCAUCAGAGAGAGAACAGACCAAGAGAAUUGUUUAUUCCGUCAUGUAUGGUGUUGGCAAAGAAAGACUUUCUGAAUACCUCAAAGUUACUCCGGAGAAUGCAAAAGCAAUAAUGGACAGUUUUCUAAAGAAAUUUCCUGCUGUAAAUAGCUUUACAAAGAAAUGUGUGGAGUUUUGUCAAGAACAUGGUUACACAUCAACCAUCUUUAACCGCAGACGCCAGAUUCCACACAUUCAUCACCCAUCAUAUCAAAUGAGGGCACAGGCAGCUCGACAGGCAGUCAACUUCUGUGUGCAAGGAUCUGCAGCAGAUCUUUGCAAGGCAGCCAUGUUGAAAGUGGACAAAGAAUUGAAAAGUCAUGGCAAUCUUCAUACAAAACUGCUAGUUCAGAUACAUGAUGAACUACUGUGGGAAGUUCCAGAAAAUGAGUUGAAUUCUGUCAAAGAGAUUGUGAAAGGCAUAAUGGAGCACUGUGAUAAAUUGUGUGGAGAAAUGGUUAAACUGAAGGUUCCAAUCAGAGUAUCACUCAGCUCAGGCAAGUCCUGGGCACACCUAGAAACAUGUUCAUAACAAGGAACUGAUACCCUUGUCCAAAGACAGUGAAGUUAUUAAAUAUAACAAGCAUUAAUAUUGUAUUAUUGGCAUUAUUAUAUUGGGUAACCUUCCCAUUUUUAAAAGUUGAAAAGCAAAAAAACACAGAAAAUUAUACAACAUAGAACAUUACAGAUGUAUGUGAAACUGGUCAGCUUAUUAUUGUCUAUGGAUAGUAAAUGUUUCAUUUGAUACAUACUUUAUUUUAAAAGUUAUUCAUGAUACAAAACAAAACGUCAAAAAAUUUAAUUCCAUUAAUAUGCUACUCAGCAUAUACUGUAUAUAUUGAGAAUAAUUAUUGAUGGCUCACAAUCUAGUUUUUAUUAAAACAUUGAUUUAUAUUUUAUUGCAUUGAUAUCGAGAAUAAUUAUUGAUGGCUCACCAUCUAGCUCAUAUUAAAACAUUGAUUUAUAUUUUAUUGCAAUGAUAUCACAAAGUUGAACUUUUACAAUAAGCUGUGAUAUGAAAUUUCAGACUUCACUGGAUGAAAUAUUAAUCUUAUUUGACUGAAAACUUGACAUUUCUAUUUGUUUUCUUGACACCAUCAGACACCUAGCACAGACUUUAGAUCAAGCACUAACAAUAUAUUUAUGUAAAGUGUAGGUCUAAAAUAUAAAAAACCCUCCAAAAAUCAGGAAUAAAUACAGUUUAUUUCUGAUCUAAUUAAUAAUGGUUAUAACUAUACAGUGGACUCAAAAUACUCUCCCACCUUCUAGCUAUGCAAAACAGCCCCAUUCCAUGGUGUCUGCCAAUACGGAAUAAAUCUGUCUUGCAUGACCACAUGAUCUUGUUGGCCUAAGCAUUUUUGCAGUAGGAUGUUUUAUAGCUCUAUCCUCACAUGUACAUAUGAAUGAUUCUUUUAAUGUGGAUUUCUAUGUAAAUCAGCAUCACCACAGAGUCCAGUUAGUGAAGUCUGACUUAUCUGGUACUCUGUGUGUACCACUCAGGGCUGAAUCCAGGAAAUAUUGGGAUUGGGGUCGGAUACAAAGGGUAAAAGGGUGCAUGGACCAAUACUUGAAAAGGGAAAACAUUUUUAGAGCAAAAUAAGGGUUAUCUUCACAAGGACUUAUAAAAACUUAAUUUCUUUAUAUUUUCAAAUAUUUAAUGUUUCUUGACUUUUUAUUUUAAUUUUAUUGUCCAGUUAGAAGUAAAAAAAUAGUUGUUUCAUUUACAUUUUAUUCCAUUUAUUAGUCCCCUUUCCAGUCCAGCCAGAGGGGACUAAAGAUUUCAUCUCCAUUCUUUGGUCUGUCUCUCUGUUUGUCCAUCCAGUCUGUUCAUCUGUCCAUCACACAUAUAGUUUAAAAAUGUUGUGUAAUGCAUUAUUAUGUAUGGUUACAGAUCCAGUUUGGCUUUCAUGGCGAUUUACCCAUUUUUCACAGAGUUAUGGCCCUUGAGAUAUGAAUAUAUGCUGGGCCCGAUAGGGGACAUGUAUUGCUUUAGCAGUACUCUCAGAAUGCUUGUUUUUCUGGUCUUUCUAGAUAACUGGGUUUCUAAAGAAAUAUUCGUAAAGUUUGUAGGCACAAAAUCUGAGAUUUUCUAGGUACCUCCAUUUUGUACAUUCCAUCAUUACUCCCCCUGCUAAAUGUAUGAGCAUACUUUGUUGUCUCACACUGAAAAGUACAUUGGAUACAAUUAACAGCUUGGCAUAUGUAGUCUUGUCAGAGAAACCCCUCCUCCCUGUACUCUCUUCAUAUAUAAUGCCUGACACCACUUGCAGGUCAGGUCAGGUCAUAGGGCUUUACGUGCACAUUCAGAGCAAGCUGUUGUAGCGCCACUUACCACCCUCAGGGUUUAUAUACUUUGUGGAUGGCCCAUGACUGUGUCUAAGUAUUUACCAGUCAGUCAUUGAGUUAUUGGAAUGACAGAACAACAAUGGAGUAGGAAGUCAUUUUCUAGAAACAUAAUGGGAGGUGAUAGGCAUUAUCAGUCACAUCUAAUUUGAAGGCUUUUAACUGGCACACAGUGUGAUCAAAACAGGAAACUGUCGCCUUUAUCCAUUAGGACUUUCCUGGUUCAUUUUUGAAAACUAGUUUUAAGGAACUGUGGCAUAUUAAUUUUGUAAUAGUAAGAAUAUUUACUUAUCAUUAAUUACUACUAGAGGUAAGUUGACACUGAAAUGAAAAUAUAUACUAACCAUAUUUGCAAAAUAUUCCUUCAUUUUAAGUAAAAGAUUUCAUAAAGAAUACAUCUCAUUUAAAAAUAUACUAUUAGAUUUUAGUCCCAUUAUUCAAGGUAUAAUCAAGAUGGUGGUACAAAUCAUAGUUUGGAUGGUUUACGAUUAUUUUAUUAACUUUGUGUUUGUCCAUUCUCUGUUAUUUCUUGUUUCAUUAUAACUCAUGUUACUGAUAUUGAAUAAAAUAUUUACUAUUGUAUUGUUA